UCAACUUUAUAAUCUAACAACCGCCACCCUCCAUCACCUCCUAUUCUACACGUCACUUUCACAGCUAUGUCGCCAAUGCCUGAAACAGGUGUGAUCGCCUGCUGCUUAGUGGGGGCCCGGCGAUGAAGAGGUUAAUAGGAAGGCUUGCGAUUGCAACUGCUGCAAUCUGUGCGAGUGUGAGCAGCUAACCCGGACAGUCCGGGCAGCAGGAUCGCUCAUCGUCAGCUCUUUUGGCAGAUCCCAGUCAAGCAGUUUCAUGCAAGCGACACUGAUCAAGCAGAGGACAGUGCAGGGGACCAUCAUCAGCACAGACUGGCAUUUCAGAGUGAUAUACCCUUUGCCGGAAUCUCCUUCUGUAAAGAUGUCCCAGUCUACUGGAGCAGAUGAAGGGACUACAUUUGAGCACCUCUGGAGUACCCUAGAGCCAGACAGCACCUAUUUCGAACUUCCACAAUCAAGCCAUUCAAACAAUACUGAAGCAUCUAAUCGAACAGACGUCAACAUGGAUGUUUAUCAAAUGAGGAGCAUGAAUGAAUCUAUCAUGUCCCAGUUCAAUCUGCUGAACAACACCAUGGAUCAGAGUAUCGGCAGCAGAGCGGCCUCCACUAGUCCCUACAACCCUGAUCAUACCUCGAAUGUUCCCACGCAUUCCCCCUACUCACAGCCCAGCUCCACAUUUGAGGCCAUGUCACCUGCUCCCAUCAUCCCUUCCAACACAGACUACCCAGGAACACACAACUUUGAGGUGACAUUCCAGCAAUCCAGUACAGCCAAGUCAGCCACAUGGACGUAUUCUCCAUUGCUGAAAAAGCUGUACUGCCAGAUAGCUAAGACGUGCCCCAUCCAAAUCAAGUUAUCUAAUCCAUCACCGCCUGGUUCAGUCAUUCGGGCAAUGCCGGUGUUUAAGAAAGCAGAACAUGUGACUGAGGUUGUGAAACGAUGUCCCAAUCAUGAACUUGGACGAGACUUUAAUGAUGGUCAAGCAGCACCAGCUAGCCACCUCAUACGAGUGGAAGGCAAUAACUUGUCUCAGUAUGUGGAUGACCCAGUAACGGGUCGACAAAGCGUUAUGGUGCCGUAUGAACCACCCCAGGUUGGGACUGAGUGCACCACAAUACUCUACAACUUCAUGUGCAACAGCAGCUGCGUGGGAGGAAUGAACAGGCGGCCUAUUCUCAUCAUUAUCACACUGGAAACAAGAGAUGGGCAAGUAUUGGGCAGAAGGUCUUUUGAAGGUCGUAUCUGUGCCUGUCCGGGCAGAGACCGCAAGGCUGAUGAGGAUCACUUCCGGGAGCAAGCAGCAUUAAACGAAACAGCAGCAAAAAAUGGCAAUGCAAACAAACGCACAUUCAAACAGAGUCCCCCGAGUGUCCCUACAGUGGGUUCCAAUAUUAAGAAAAGGAGGCAUGGCGAAGAUGAGAUAUUUUAUAUACCUGUUCGUGGUCGGGAGAAUUUUGAAAUCUUGAUGAAAAUAAAGGAAAGUUUGGAGCUGGUGGAGCUUGUUCCUCAGCAGCUGGUGGAUUCGUAUAGGCAGCAACAGCAGCAGCUACUUCAGAGACAAACCCAUAUGCAGUCUACUUCUUCGUAUGGCCCUGGUCUUUCACCAAUGAAUAAACAUCAUGGAGGGAUCAACAAGCUGCCUUCUGUCAACCAACUAGUGGGGCAACCUAAUCAGCAUAAUUCUAAUGCAGGGCCAAACCUGGGACCAAUGGGACCUGGAAUGUUAAACAGUCAUCCUUUGCAGACUAAUGGAGAGAUGAAUGGGGCUCAUUCAUCCCAAUCUAUGGUAUCAGGGUCACAUUGUACCCCUCCACCACCCUACAGUGCAGACCCCAGCUUAGUCAGUUUUUUAACAGGAUUGGGGUGCCCCAACUGCAUCGAAUAUUUCACAUCACAAGGGUUACAGAAUAUUUACCACCUGCAGAACCUUACCAUGGAGGAUCUUGGAGCAUUGAAAAUCCCAGAACAUUACAAAGCGGUGAUUUGGAGAGGCAUUCAAGAGCUUAACAAGAGCCAUGAUUAUGGAGCCCAGCAGCAUGUUCGAUCGAGUAGUAACGCUUCCACCAUUUCGAUCGGCAGCUCCGGUGAGCUCCAGCGGCAGCGUGUAAUGGAGGCAGUACAUUUCCGCGUACGGCACACCAUCACCAUUCCCAACCGGGGCGGUGCUGAUGAAUGGGCAGAUUUCGGCUUUGAUUUACCUGACUGCAAGUCACACAAACAGUCCAUUAAAGAGGAGUAUGAAAACAGUGACAUUAACUAAUAUGAGAAGAUACUCCUUCAAGCAGUCAUGUAGCCGACCAAAUAAAUAGCCAUGCGCGAAAAGCCAAAUUAAAAUGGCCGUGCCGUGUGCAGCUUGUGAGGUUCUUGGACCAUAAGUGACGAUUGCUUAUUGGUUCAAGAACAAGAAGAGAUACGUGGCUUUUAUCAUCUGUGCUAAACGGCUUCCAUUUUAGGGUCAUUUAUUAUGGGGAUCAACUGAAUGGAGAAACCAUUGACGUGUGUGUUAUUGUAGAGAGGGCAGCCAAGCAACCAAGUAAAGAUGGGGAAUUUUCUAAUGAAAAUGUUCUGUUUCACAAAGGCUGUCAGAGAGCGAGAUAUAUUUCAUAAAGACCUCUUCUUUCACACAGAUAAAUCUCCAGUUCCAAGAUGGCGGCCAUACAAUGAAAUUCUGCCAUAGGAAGUGGAUCCCAAUCUCUCCCGAUGAACUGCCAGAAAAGUAUUUUUUGCAUUGACUUUCAAACCCUUAGACAACGACACAAAACAAUAACCUUUCGAGUAUGAGAGGGGUUCACUUGUUGUAUGGAUACACACCUCAGAGCGUGUUUUGGAAGUAGGUCUUUGGUCUCAAUCCUGCUGCGUUUUAGGGGCACAAAAGAGAAAAUCUGACCGUGACCUACAGUUUUUUGUUGUUGUAUAUAUAUACAGUUUUUCCUUCUUCUUCGUAAUAUAUAUUUAAUUAUUCUGUAUAAGAUUACAAGUGUUGACUCUUUUGGUCACUGAUACAAUUGCCGGCGGUCGGGGGUUGGAAUAAUGAUUCUAAUAUGCAGAGAGAGCUCCCCGUACAUAAUAAUAAUGUGGCCGGCUGCUGGUAUUAUAGAAUAUAACCAUAAUCUGCUUUGUGUCUCUGCUGCUGCUGCUGCCGCUGGUUUCCUCACGCUGAACUUUAUUAAACUCUACUUU